CUCAGAUAUGGAGGCAAAUGGGAGCCAAGGCACCUCGGGCAGCGCCAACGACUCCCAGCACGACCCCGGUAAAAUGUUUAUCGGUGGACUGAGCUGGCAGACCUCACCAGAUAGCCUUAGAGACUAUUUUAGCAAAUUUGGAGAAAUUAGAGAAUGUAUGGUCAUGAGAGAUCCCACUACGAAACGCUCCAGAGGCUUCGGUUUCGUCACGUUCGCAGACCCAGCGAGUGUAGAUAAAGUAUUAGGUCAGCCCCACCACGAGUUAGAUUCCAAGACGAUUGACCCCAAGGUUGCAUUUCCUCGUCGAGCGCAGCCCAAGAUGGUCACAAGAACGAAGAAAAUAUUUGUAGGCGGGUUAUCUGCGAACACGGUGGUGGAAGACGUAAAGCAAUAUUUCGAGCAGUUUGGCAAGGUGGAGGAUGCAAUGCUGAUGUUCGAUAAGACCACCAACAGGCACAGAGGGUUUGGCUUUGUCACUUUUGAGAAUGAAGACGUUGUGGAGAAAGUCUGUGAGAUUCAUUUCCAUGAAAUCAAUAAUAAAAUGGUAGAAUGUAAGAAAGCUCAGCCGAAAGAAGUCAUGUUCCCACCUGGGACAAGAGGCCGGGCCCGGGGACUGCCUUACACCAUGGACGCGUUCAUGCUUGGCAUGGGGAUGCUGGGCUACCCCAACUUUGUGGCGACCUACGGCCGCGGCUACCCCGGAUUCGCUCCCAGCUACGGCUAUCAGUUCCCAGGCUUCCCAGCAGCGGCUUACGGACCAGUGGCAGCGGCGGCGGUGGCGGCGGCAAGAGGAUCAGUCCUGAAUAGCUACAGUGCUCAACCGAAUUUUGGCGCGCCCGCUUCCCCGGCAGGCUCCAACCCGGCGCGGCCCGGAGGCUUCCCGGGGGCCAACAGCCCAGGACCUGUCGCCGAUCUCUACGGCCCUGCCAGCCAGGACUCCGGAGUGGGGAAUUACAUAAGUGCGGCCAGCCCACAGCCGGGCUCCGGCUUCGGCCACGGCAUAGCUGGACCUUUGAUUGCAACGGCCUUUACAAAUGGAUACCAUUGAGCAGGUGCUUUCGUUGCCAUCUCACUCUGAGAGCAUACCUGGAUGUCCAGGCAAGACUGGGCGAAGUUUCUGAGUGGCCCUUUGUUUAGGUGAUGUCAUCAGACCUGGACCCCCACCAGCCUCACUCCCCAUCCCAACCAGAGAUGGCUCGCUUCGGAUCGAGGGUUGACACAUCUCAUCAUCUCACGAGUCUGCUGUAAUAUAAGACAACAGCUUUUCACUGUGUAUAUAACCAUGAUUUUGGUUUUGUUUUCUUUUUGUUUUUCUUGAUGGUUUCCCUUUCCCUUCUCUCUUGCCCCUUCUCCUUUGAAGUCUCUUUGAAUCACAUUUAGUAGUGAUUUUGACUUAGUCCAGUAGUCAUAUAGCUUUAAUAUCUAGUUAAAAGCUAACCAUAGUAUAAUUGUUAUAUUAAGGUAUUAUUUUUUCUUUAAAAAACAAAAACUUUUUUUGCUUGUUUGAUUCUGUUCUCACUUUUAAAGGAUGCUGAGAUGGUAAUAUUACUCUCAAUAUUUUGGUACCAAUUCUGAGACUGUAUGGAUUUUCAGGUGCAACUUGAGCGCGCAGGGGGAAGCGCGGGUGCGAAGUGUGGAGGGGAGGCGGGCGUUGGCCUUCCACUUGCGUCGUCCCAGGAGUGAGAUGCAGUAGGCUAACCACAGGCUACGCAGUUCUUUUUGGUGAUGUCUCUUUGUUAACCUAAGUAUAUCUAUUUUCGGCAAUAAGGUAAGGAUGACCAUGUUUCGAGUGUCCUCCUUUUCUAUAAGUGCUUUUUUUCUGUUGAAAGAGGUGAUAUAAGGUUUUUUGAAAUUGUGACUUCUAAAAAAAAAAAAAUGUUGUAAAUACAAUUCCAUUAACUACAUAGAAACUAUUAAGAAAGAGAGAAUCAAAAAUAUUUUUGUGAGGGAGUCGGUCCCAGGCAGUUCGAUGCUCUGUGGAGGGAGGAGGGGAAGGACCCAGAACGCAGUCAGUUGCGGAGGCUGAAGAACACCCAGCUGCCGGGACGACCCCGGGAAGAGUUGGAACACUGUUUAGCUCCUCUUGUCUGUGUGGAAGACUCGAUUAGUGUCAUACCAGCAUAUUAACCUCUCGUCUGUGCACAGCUUCAACCGUUACCGUCUAGUUAGAUUUUUAUUUAAAAUAUGAAAAACCGCUUUUCCCAAGACGUUUUUUAAAAAACAAAGCUACAAUUUUAAUAUUUAACAUAUUUAAAGUUUCAAAGCACAUCUGUUUGGCUUGGGAGGGGAGGGGUGGGGGAGACAUCCUUUUUCAGUCUUAAUUUUUAAAUAUUUGAUCAUUUUCUAUUGUCCAAUCAUUUCAGCACCUCCAAAGGGCCCUGGGACCCUUUGCCUCUCUUCUCCCCCUGUCCCUCGCCCGCCCCCAGCUCUGGGGCCCCCAGGCCAGGAGUGGAUAAGCCUGCAUUAAUGAAACCUUUUCUCCAUUCACUUUCUAUUUACAAAUUAGGAAAGCAACCUUUCGGUUUAUAUAUUAUUUUUAAUACCUCAGUGCUGCAAGUAUCACCAGAGAGGCUAUGGAAGAAUUUUUUUUUUAAUUUAUUGUAGAUGUAAACAGAAUUUUAAAAAUAAAAAGUAUAAACAUCGCUGCACUGUGA